UUCACGGUGGAAAACCCAUUGUUGAAUCGUUGAUCAUACUCGAAUACAUCGAAGAGACAUGGCCGGACAAAUACUCAAUUCUCCCCAAGGAUCCUUAUGAAAGAUCUAAAGCUCGUUUCUGGACCAAAUUCAUGGGAGACCAGUUUAAUUAAAACUACCGAGGAAACAAAAGAGAAAAAAAAAUUCAAUGAAAUUUUGGAUAUACUGAAAACCAUUGAAGAACAUGGCCUAGGUGACAAGAAAUUUUUCAGCGGAGAUGAUAUGGGAUUCGUAGACUUAGCAUUUGGAACCUUCAUGCGCUGGUUAAAAGUAGCUGAAGAGAUCAAAGAAGUCAAGAAGCACUGCCGAUCAGCGCUCCAUUUGUGUACUUACUUUUCAAACAAAGAAGGCUUUCAGAUGGCGGAUGCGUAUUGCUCAGACUGUUAGAGAAUCGCAGAAGUAGUAUUUGACCACUCUGCAGGGUACACAGAGAUGGUGGAUGCUUAUUGUCAGUUUUGUUCCGAAUGCGGGCUUGUUCUGGAAGCUCACUCCAUCAAUGAGACAUCUGAAUGGACGACCUUUGCAAAUGAGUCUGGGGAUAAUGACUUGUUCAUGUUGGUGGUCCAUCAAACCCUCUCCUCACUGAUGGUGGUCUUUCAACUGUUAUUUCAAAGCCAAAUGGUGCUUCUGGUGAUUUUCUGUCAUCCUCUCUAGGACGUUGGCAGAAUCAGCAAUUCAGGAUUCAAAUCCUGAUUGAUCUCUUAU